CUUGAAACAUCAGUGAGCCACUAUUACCAACAACAGUCCUUCUCAGAACUACUCUCACCCGAACGAUCACAGUACACCAUCAAAAUCAGUCAAACAGGAACAGUUUACAGUAGCAAACAUUUGCCUUUCUGAGAACAAACUCUCUGUUGCCGGCUUUGAGAAAAAUGCUGAACACCACUGAUGAACAUACAAACUCCUCAUUUGAAGUCAGGUAUCCGGCGUCACUUGUGGGGAUGUCUGCAGCAUUUGCAUCCUUGAACACUUUUUCCUCCAUCACCGCGACACUUGGCAAUAUUCUCAUCCUACUUGCUCUUAACAAAGUGACUUCGAUUUGUCCUCCAACGAAACUUUUGUUUCGAUGUCUGGCGGUCACCGAUCUUUGUGUUGGACUGGUAACACAACCGCUGUUUACAGUGAUGCUUCUUGCCAGCAGCAACGUUUAUGAAUAUGUUAAAGACAUACAGAUGAUCUCAUCUAUAGUUCUUUGUGGUGUCUCCCUCUUGACAUCAACUGCGAUAAGUGUGGACAGACUUCUUGCGUUGUCGUUGGGUCUGAGGUAUAGAUACGUUGUUACAUUAAGGCGGGUGCGAGCGCUUAUUAUCUCCUUUUGGUUUCUAAUUGGUGCUUCGGUUGGGUGUCUCUUCAUUUUAGAAAUUUACUUUUUUGUAUAUGCUGUUGUGAUGCUUAUUUCUCUUCUUAUCUCGGCCAUCUCUUACGCUAAGAUCUAUUUCCGUCUCCGUCAUCUACUGCUUCAUGUACAAGGCCAUGUUCACCAACGACAACAUCUUCCUCCCAAUGGCGUUGUACCGUCUGCAUUGAAUUUAGCGCGAUACAAGAAAACGGUUUCCAUCAUAGCAUGGGUACAGCUUGGAUUAUUUGCUUGUUACUCUCCUAUUUGUAUUGCUUUAAUUUCAUCACAUUUUGAAAAGUUUUUUAGCAAGAAUAUAAUUUACUUUUUCCUUUGUUUACUAUUCUUAAACUCAUCUCUAAACCCUAUUCUUUACUGCUGGAAAAUCAGGGAGGUGAAACAGGCAGUAAAGGACACAGUUCGACAGUUAAACUGUUGUUGUGAGCUAAAUUGAACCUUUGUGUAAAGAAAAACAAUGUAAAACUCUGUGGAAAGAAAAAAACGGCUGGACUUAAAUACAAGUUAUAUUCUGACUACUGAAUUGCCACAUGAUCAAGAGAGGAUCUCUGUAUCAAGGUGACAGUUGUUAUUCUCCUGGUCUACAAAGAGUGGCUCUAUACGUUGGGUGACAACAUCUUCCUAAAUGAUCAUUUUGAUGUUGUGUGAAGGAAUAUUUGCUGCCACCAUAGGGUCACAGACUCUCCUACAAUCGGCGGGACCAAAAAAGCUAAAACGGAACCUACCCCUAAACUGUUUUCUAGUUCAAACAGGUAUAAAGAUACUGAACACCGCUGUACACUGUUGUUCACCGGCUACUUAGCAAAGCUGCAAAGCCAACGAGUUUGGGAAAGGAGAACCAGUUGUGGUCUACGACAUGACACUCUAAUCAUAUUUCGUCUUUCCUCUCAGAACAAUUGAAAACUCACCUACAUCCAACUGGAAACGUGUUAGAGUACAUUGAUACCAGGCAGUUCAAACCUUAUUCACAUAUAAAUAUCACUCGAUAGCGCUGAAGCAAUUUGGCAGUGAAGGAAGAACAUUCCAUGACCUAUAAAAUAUAUAUACAAAAAAAGCCUACAUGCACUCCCUCGGACCCUUUUAAAGGUAUAGUAAAUGAAAACUAGGCUGUUUAUUAUAGAUAUUUUUGUUUGACAUGUUUCUUUUUUCUCUUUCGCUUGUGAUGAUCUGGAGGAUUUCUUCCGUUUGACAAAAAUAUUCAAACUUAGAGCAUGUGACAUGAAAAUAAUG